GCGCGUCUAUCUGUCCGUGCCCGCGCGCUUCGGCUCUCUGUUGCACGCGACUCCGAGGCGACCGAGAGGCCCGCCAGCGGUUCUUCCCCCACCCCCGCGGCAGUUAGGGCAAUUACAACUCAUCGCGCGUCUGCGGGGACCCCUCCUUCAAGUGGGACCUCGAGCGGGGCCAUUGUCUUUGGGUGCAAUCGUCGACGGUUUUGGGCCCCUCCUGGCUGGGUGUGCACCCCGACCUCUUCGGCGAGUGUGUGGUUGCGUGGCGGUGUGGCAAUCCCGCUAGUUCCUCUUUCGGUGUUCCACGAUGUCUUCUGCGCUGUCCUGAUGAACGGCCUGGUACUCUCUGCCUGGAUCCUCGCAGUCGGCGUAAGCGCCGCCAGGGGGACCAGCAUCGGCUGCGCGGAAACCGGGUAUUCUCUUGCUUCUGUCUGCACUGUCGGCGAAGGGUGCACGGUAUAUUGCAAGAACUCCUGCCUCACGUCGAGCAAUCCCGUUUACGGCACCGAAUUCUAUACCCUGUCGUCUUCAGUGUGCAGGAGCGCCCUCCACGACUUCCGCAUCUCGUCGUGGAACUCUUCGGCACGGACUGUCACCCUCAUCUUUGAUUCGCGGAAGACGACCGACUUUGCGGGGUCACUCCGCUAUGGCAUCCACUCCCAAAGUUGGUAUCACUCAUCGAGCUUUUUCUACUUUAGUUCACCGCGUGUUAAAGAGAGGGUGCUCGACGUGACGUCUCUCCAUCGGAAUUACAUCUACGACGCGGACACAACGCACACCCUGGAGUGUCACGGACCGCCCGAGCACGCCAUCAGCUUCGACUACUCCAUCAAGGAGGUCCAAUUACGGACCGUGAACAUGUCGCCGAGUCCUGUCCAGGGUCACUAUGCCGUCUCAUUUCCGAAGGCGGAGUAUCCGCACGUUCGAACCAACGUGUUCUGGUGUCAGGUCCAGAACAGCCCACUCUCGACCGUGGCCUCCCCAGCCAUGUUCUUCGACGCCUAUAAUUCGGUGCCGUUCCUGCCCCGAAACUACACUGUCUCCACGAGUCCCGGAGACAAACUCACGAUCGCUGUAACGUCCCUCCGCGAUAUCCAUCUCACGUCCUGGACCAAGGUCGACUGGAACGGCAAAGCAACAGAACAGCUUUCUAAUCCUGGUCCGGUGAUGGAAAUCCCAAGUGCUCGCCUGCAGCACGGAGGUAUAUACGUGGCUAACGGUCCAUUCACGAAAUCACCCGGAAAGAACAGGGCCAUCAUCAGGGUCAUAGUGAGAGUCUGCCGUGCCGGACUGUACGGUCCAAGCUGCAACUUUCAAUGUCCCAUGUGCGAGAACGGCGGUGUGUGCCACGACAUUACGGGGGACUGCAUCUGUCCUCCGGGAUUCAGGGGACAACUUUGCGAGCAGCAGUGCGGAGACGACUACUUCGGACAAGACUGCAGCAAGAGGUGCUCCGACACCAACCCCAACCAUUCGGUGAAAUCCUGCCGCGGGAUCCUCAUGUGCCGACCCGAUCCCUACGGGUGCUCCUGCGGGACGGGCUUCACUGGAUUCUUCUGCAACGAGACGUGCCCCGCUCACCACUACGGAGCGGACUGCAAGCAAAGUCGCCUGUCCUUCUGCAAGACGGAGCCCAGCUGCGACAUCCACACCGGCACCUGCGCCAAGGACCGAGGGGUCUGUCUCGAGGGCUGGAAGAACUCGCCUUUCUGCGAUAUCAGUUACCCUCUGCUGCGAACGAAACCCAACGUGACAGAAGUUAGAGAUACAUCAGCCAUCGUGAGCUUCAAUCCCUGGAACCCAUCGCAAGAUUACGGCGAGGGAACAGCGACCGACUACUGGAUCCAGUACCGGGUGCGUGCAUGUUGA